AGUGUUUGGGUUACAGCUAUUUAGGCUAACAUGAGCAGUUUUAGAUUAAUGCUGAUGAUCUCUAACCAGACAUUUAAGAUUCUUCGAUGCAGUGCUCUCUUUUCACCAAGGAGGACUCUGUUUGUGACACGACAGAGUUUAUUCAGACGUCAGGAUGCUCCAGUGCUCCGGUAUAACCUGGCCAGGUUUAGUCAACAAUCAACUUCCACUGUCGAAGGAACAAAGAAAGGAGAAGACACCUUUCUGAAGUGGUUUCUCUUGUUGAUACCCGUCACCACCUUUUGUCUUGGAACAUGGCAGGUGAAACGUAGAAAGUGGAAGUUGGAGCUGAUCAGUGAACUUCAGAGUCUGACGACUUCAGUGCCAAUCCCACUGCCUGUAGAUACUAUGGAAAUCAAGCAGCUGGAGUACAGGCGUGUGAAGGUCCGUGGACAUUUUGAUCACUCUAAGGAGCUGUAUAUUUUGCCCCGUUCCCCUGUGGACCCUGAGAGAGAGGCUCGAGAGGCAGGGAGGAUAUCCUCCAGUGGUGAAAGUGGAGCAAAUGUUAUUACACCCUUUUUCUGCACUGAUCUGGGGAUCACUAUCUUGGUGAACAGAGGUUAUGUACCCAAAAACAAGAUCAAACCAGAAACCAGGACGAAAGGACAGGUGAUUGAGGAUGUGGAUCUUGUUGGUGUUGUGCGUUUAACUGAACAACGGAAACCAUUUGUCCCUGAAAACAAUGUGGAGGCAAACAGAUGGCACUAUCGUGACCUGGAGGCCAUGGCUAAGGUCACUGGUGCCGAAGAGAUCUUCAUUGAUGCUGUGCUUGAUAGCACAGUACCUGGUGGGCCAAUAGGAGGGCAGACAAGAGUGACCUUGAGGAAUGAACACCUGCAAUACGUCAUCACAUGGUAUGGACUGUGUGCUGCUACUUCCUACAUGUGGUAUGCAAAAUUCAUCAAGCGUAUUGCUUUAUGAAAAAUAUUCAGGAUUUUGCCCUUUUUGAAUGCUGUAAAAUAAAAACUAUUUUAUGUUAAACUUAA